UGUCCAUGCAGCAAUGUGCUUUUACUGUCACAUGAAGUGUAUUACUCUAAGCAUAGUUUGACUUUUAAGCAAGACAGACACCGAUACAUAUUAAAGCGUUAUAAUUAGCUUUAAAAGUGUCUCGUGUUUAGUUUCUAGGGUUACAGUUUCGUUUGUUUAUUAGAAAUGCUUGUUUAAAUUUGUUAUUUGACUUCAGACAGUUGUUGGACGGAAAUGGCAGGUCCAGAGCUGUUGUUGGACUCCAGUAUUCGCCUGUGGGUUGUUCUGCCCAUAGUUUUCAUCACUUUCUUCGUUGGGGUUCUUCGGCAUUACGUUACUCAAAUUAUUCACACGGAUAAAAAAGUUGAUCUGCAGCAGGUAUCAGACAGCCAGGUGUUGCUGCGCAGCCGUAUACUGAGAGAAAAUGGAAAGUAUAUUCCCAAACAGUCAUUUGCCAUGAGAAAACAAUAUUUCAACAACCCUGAGACUGGAUUCUUCAAGAAAGUUAAGAGAAAGGUUAUCCCCAAAAACCCCAUGACAGACACCAGCAUGUUAACGGACAUGAUGAAAGGCAAUCUGACCAAUGUGCUACCAAUGAUCCUGAUUGGAGGAUGGAUCAACUGGGCCUUUUCUGGUUUUGUCACAACUAAGGUUCCGUUUCCGCUGACGCUCCGAUUCAAACCCAUGUUACAGAGAGGAAUUGAACUGCUCUCUCUGGACGCUUCAUGGGUGAGUUCAGCUUCAUGGUAUUUCCUAAAUGUCUUUGGGCUCCGAAGCAUGUACACCCUCAUCCUAGGACAAGAUAAUGCUGCGGAUCAGUCAAGAAUUAUGCAGGAUCAAAUGACGGGGGCAGCGAUGGCUAUGCCCCCUGAUCCUAAUAAAGCAUUUAAGAGCGAGUGGGAAGCCCUGGAGAUUGUGGAGCACAAAUGGGCCCUGGAGAACGUUGAAGACGAACUAAUGUCUCAGGAUCUGAACUUCAGAGAAAUCUUCAGCCAAGAAAUUAAAUCAAACCUGUUCUGAUGUCUCUCUGAUUGCUGAAAGAUUGUAAGCUGAUUUCAGCCAGUGCAUUUAAGAUUAUACAUGUUACAAGAAGCUGUGAUUCUUAACAUGACUUGGUACUUCAAAGCUAUUUAUUUCAAUGAUCCUAAAAUGAGUUUUUGAAUGUUUAAUACUACGUGAAUGUCUUGAGAAGUAUUAUGAAGAAACUGCAUGCACAUAUAUUUGCACAGUAUGAUUGAAAUGAAGCAUAGUUGAACUGUGAGGACAGUAUAUGAACAUGGAAUUUAAUAUAAGCACAGUAGAGAUCUAAAUUGAUGAUUGAUUUGUGUCUUGGUAUCUGUGCCUUGAAUUUGAGUACUUUCUGGCCAGUUCUUAAAGCAACAAUGUUUUGUUAGUGCUUUGAUUGUGCCAGUCAAUAUAUGGUUGUGAAACUGCAGGUAUUUUAUUCUUUUGUGGUUUGUUAUUUUCAUGCACAAUUCUUUAACAAGCCACCCUGUCAGCAGCAGAGAUAUUAUAACAGCUAAUUGAAUGCAGCGAACAGGUACUCUUUUUCAACACUGUGCAAGAGCUGGAGAUGUCAAUGAGAAUUGUAAUAAUUUAAUAAACAUUGCAGUG